AUGCCAAAGCAUAAUAUAAAAUCUGGAAGGCCUAAUAAAAAUGAUAUUAAUGAUAUGGUAUAUAAGGAUGAAGGAUAUAUUGCUACAAAUGAAUUUGCUCUGUAAUUAUAUUAGUUGAUUUCUGAAAUGUCUAAUUAUAAAAUACUCACUAUUACAGGACCAUCAAAAUAAAAAAAUGCGAAAAAAAAUGUAAAGAAUAGAAAGGAGAUUGAAAAAAAAUAGGGAAUUAUUAGAAAAAAAUUAGAUAUUAAAGAAGAGAAAGUAUUUCUUUUAAGAAAUCAAGAAGAUUAACCAAGAAAAUAUAGAAUAAUAGAUGGGAAAAUGGUUGAUAAUGAUGAAAUCAUUUAUAUUGAUGAUCUGUUAAAAUAUGUUCAAGAGGAUCAUUUUAUGAAAAGUAUUAAAAUGGUUUUUAAAGAAUUGAAUGAAGAAACAUAAUAUUUUUUAAAAGAACUAGUAAAAAUAUUUUCUAAAACUGAUAAGUCAUUAGGUUAAUUUUAAGAAUAAUUUUUUCAAUUAUUUGAAUCAUCACCUAGUUCUUAAUAUAAAGAAAUAAAAUAAUGGAAUGAACUAUUUGAAAUAUCAUUCGAUGAAAAGCUCUUUUUGAUGUAAAAUGAAAUUGAUUUGUUUAAGAAAAGAUUUUAACUGAAAAUAAAUGAAGAAGCUAGUUAAAAAAAGGUAGAAUAAAAAAGAAUUGAUAUUUUUAAAAAUUAGUAAUCAAAUAUCGAUUAAUACAUAUGUAUUAAAUAGCCUAAUAGACCUUUAAAACUUUUUAUUAAAAAAAUUUAUCAGUUAUUCCAUAAAUUUUGGAUUUUAGAUGAAAUUUAAUGA